UGAUUUCGUGUUUUUUCGUUUCAGAAUUCCGGGCGACGCGAAUUCCGCGAUGUAGUGUGUUCGAGUUCGCGAAUAAGUUUCGUUUGUUAUUGCAGCUUUUCUGAGAGAGUUAGAGUGGGAAUCUUGUGAAAAAUGCCACCGAUAGAUCCUCAUUUGCUGUUAUCGACACUUUCCGUGUUGCUGGAUGACAACGGCGGGAUCCAAGGUCCCGAACAAGUCGAACGUUUGCAUAAUUUAAUGAAACGGUUCAGCAAGAAGUUGGUGUCAAAAACCGUGUACGUCUUAAUCGUGAAGGCGACGACCCCUGAAUUAAGAGAGCAAUUUAUUAGCAUCGGUGGCUGGUCCUUGAUAAACGGUUGGCUCAACGAUGCCUUUGACAAUGAGCAGUGGGAAUUGCUGUCCGAAAUUCUUGAACUUCUUGACAUUUGCCCGACCACGGUUGGUAUGCUCCGGGAGAAUAAUUCGGCCAAAAUCAUCCGGGAGAUCAGCAAGGACCACAUCAAUCCUGCGAUUCAAGCCCACGCGGCCAAAAUUUACGACGGCUGGUUGAAAAUAGUGCAAGAAUCCACCGCGAAAGAAGAGUCUGAGGAAGAAGAGGAAUACGAUCAAGUCCCGGAAUCCGAUGACCAGCAAGAGGACAACGACUCUGUCGGUGCAUCGUCCUCAUCAUCUUCCGGCUCAGCAGCCAUUCCCACGACAAAAAUCGUGCUCAAGAAAUCGGCGAACACUUACAAGAUUGCGGUUCCUGCCAAGAAGUCGCGAUUAACUGCUGCUCAAAAGGCCCAACAAGAAAAAGAACGUCAAGAACAAGUAGCGCUGCAAAAGAAGGUGAAAGAAGCUCAGAAACGGAAAGCUGAGCGAGAAGUCGCGUUACGAAACGCGGAAAUCACCAAGAAAGAGAAAAUCAAGGAUAAGGACAAAGACAAGGAAAAAGAAAAGCACUCCAAAAAAUCAAGCAAACCUGACUCGGAGAAAGAAGGAAAAAUUCGACACAGUUCUUCGAGCAGUAGCAGUAAAUCCUCAAAAUCAAAGCCUUCCAAGAAAGAUCGACACGAAGAGUCUUCGUCGAAGGAGAAGAAGGAAAGCAAGAAGGAGAAAGACAAAUCAAAGGAUAAGGAGAAAGAGAAGGAAAUGAAGGACGAAAAGCCAAAAUCGAAGGACGACAUCACGAAAGAUGCCACUAAAUACGAUGCCACUCUGAGCAUAUUGGAGCAGCUGAAAUUGCAACAUAAAUCUCGAGGAAAAAAGGUCGUCAAAACCUUUUCGGCUAAAAAUCGAACUGCGGGACUCAUCGAAGACAUAACGCUGAAAGUUCAAGAAAAGGACAAACCAAAAUUAAAGGAGACCGAGAAUAAGUCAGAAAAGGUUGUUGACAAAACUACCGAUAAAUCCGCUGUCGUCAAGGCUAAAAAAGCCGAAACACCGCCUAUCGUCAAACAACCAUCAAAAGUUACACUCAUUCGGGAGAGCACCAGUUUCUUCGACGCUCUCAUGGCGAAUCCAGUUGCCGCACCAAAGAAGAAGAAAAGUGCGAAACCGCCGCCAGCACCGCCGCCAGUUGCAUCCGUGGCUUUUUCUGCUGCUGAAUUACCGGUGAUGUCUCACGGCAGCGAAAGACCCGGUGGGAUCAAGCUGUUGGAUGGAAUGCCAGUUUUACCGAACCCUAAUCCGGCUGCUUCACCGAGCACCGAAUCGAAAUCAGCUGACCAGGAACCCGAAAAUGUUGUUAAAGAGUUGAAUUUUUACAAGGAUACUCUGCGUGUCCAACCUUCACCCGAGUCAACAACAGCUGUGGCCGGUGAAAAAAGAGUGAAUGUGAACAAGCUGAAAUUCAAGGAACAAAUGAUGAAGGAACUCAUGGGAGAAAGAGCUGCCUUCCAUCGGGAUAAACAUCCUUCAUUUGGUUUGACGCCUCAAAUGCCGUGGCCGCAGAAUCGGAUAGAAAUCAAGCACAUCGGGAAGACUGGGGAAGAUGGACGCGAGUCUGAAGAGAAGGUUUCAUUAGACUCGAUGCUUGCGUUGCAAAUCAGUCCGUUUGUCGUAGUCAACAUGGAAUCGGCUUCAGAGCCGGCGUUUGACCGGUCACCUGCGCGUGCCAUUCCGUUCAAAGAAAUUGCCCUUGAAGACGGUCUGGAUCCCCGGAACCGAGCACCGGACACUUUCCAUGAUCACCGGAAAACAGAAUGGCCUCAGCCCGUGAAUACUGUCGCAUUAACUGCCCCGAUGCCUACGAGUGUUCCUCCACCACCUGUGAACGGCGGUGUAGAAAGAAAUCCGAACGUUGGAUGGCGGGCUGGAGAUGCCAACUCCGUGCCGGCACCUAAUAUGGGUAUGUCAGGGAUUCCUCCGCCGGGAAUGCAGCCGACAGGACCUCACUUGUUACAAACACCGAUGGGCAUGCCUCCGCCGGGUGCCAUGCAGAUGCCAAUGCUUUCACCGAUGGUGCCACCUCCUGGUGCAUUGUUGCCAGUUCCUCCUCCGCAAGGUGCCAUGGGUCCUGGUCCUGGUCCUGGAAUGCCCAUGGGAGGAAUGCCGAUGUGGGGUGGUGACAUGGGUGGUGCCAUGGGUGGUGCUCGAAAAUCCAGUGCCAUGGGAGGAAUGCCGAUGUGGGGUGGUGACAUGGGUGGUGCGUACCCACCACGGUACCCACCACGUUACCCACCACGUGGAGGACCUGGGACCCCGCAACCAACCCAAGGCGGACCUGGUCCACCAGGGUACUACGCCGGUGUCUACGGGUACCCAUACGUUCCCUACCGUAUGCCUCCAUCCAUGGUACCACCGCCAAUGAACAUGGACGGGAACAACAUGAUGCAAAUGCAGCCUCGAUCUGUAAUACCGCCACAACGGAACAAUAACGAAGACAUUGAUAACAGACGGUUCAAUUCAGACCGGCGGGACGAUCGACGGGAUCGUGGAGACGACAGGGAUCGGUCAUCAUCUCGAGACAACGACCGAGACCGGAGAUCCGGGUCCCGAGAAAGAGGAAGGGAUCGAGAUAGAUCAGACAGGGAUCGGGAUCGAGAUCGUCCGAGGGAUCGGGACUGGAACCGGGACCGAGAUCGACGAGAGGAUCGAGAUUCGCGAUCGGGUCAAAAGAAGCAAGGCCAAUGCACGUUCUUCUUGUCCAAGGGUUGGUGUCGCUUCGGGGACGAUUGUAUCUUCUCCCACAACAAACGUGCUCAGUGACCGAGGUAGUCUUCGUUGGUGAUGCCCUCGGCAAAUGGAAGUUUCUGGGGUUAUUCGAGUCACGUUCGAAAAAAUGGCGAAUCGCUCGACAUGUGAUUUCUGGCAUGAGAAUGCGUGUGUUUUGUUGACCGCGGAACAACAUAUUUUUUCUGCUCGUUUUUAUGAAACGUUUCUGCGUUUUAGAGUUUUGGAAAGGAUGGUUGGGGUGCGAAAUUUUGAAGCCGUGAUUAUCAGCGAGUUUUUCACAGCUUUUAUUUCGUUCCUGGAUUUUUUCGAAAGAUUUUUUGUCUUUUUUUUCGAGUACAACCGUGCUUUUACUGAUUUGGACUCGAGUAUUUGUUUUUCUUGGGUUGAAGUUGUAGGCUUUGGUAAAAGUGACAUUUUGAGGGGUUUCUGUGCUGGAGUUCAGAAUUAUACUUUUGGUCAAAUUUUCUUUCAUUUUUGUUGAGCUUAUUAUUGAAAGCUGGUGUGAUGAAUGACCGCUGAAGAAAAGAACGUUCCGAAAUCCAACGUUUUGAGUAUUGAAGUUUAAAGUUUUUUCCAAUGCUUAUUUUACUCUUCUCACGAAGUUUCAAAUAUGGUUCCGAUUCCUCUCUUCUUUAUUAGAUGACCAUAAGGUUUACUGCCUUGACUAUAUGGAUUGCUUUCUUCUACUUCGAUGAAUUAUGUCGUUUUUAUGCUUAAUGCGAGUUUUGAUGUGCGAGUUGUUUUGGAAUAUACUGAGACUGCCUGUGAA